AUGGCGUCGUCCAACAUGACGUCGAUUUCGCGGAAUGACGUGAACGCGCUGCUCAGGCAGGUCCAGGGCAAUUCUCUGUUCAAUAGACAGCUCUCAUCCAUCUGCCAAUUAAAUGGGCUUAAGAGCACCGGCGUCAAAGCUGAGCUUCAACGACGCAUCGUACAGCUGGUCAACGAAACGGUUACCAGCAACGAUGUUGUGCGAUUCCAUCAGAUCCGCCAGAGCAUCCUCGGGGCCUUUCAAGAGCGAGCGAGUCCCGCCAAGGCCGUGACGGCUAGAAGCAACGGGUCUAUAGCACAACCUGCUCUGCCCACUUCCGCGUCAUCGUCGUCAUCCUACGGCACCAGUAGUUAUUCUGGGCAACGGGCGUAUGGACAAGUCUCGGCAAAUGGAGUGCCGGCCUCUUCUUAUGGAACGUAUAGUUUCUCGUUCAAGCCGAGCCCUUUCUAUUUCGUCGAAAGCGCCGUGAGUGCGUUGCGUACCUGUGAAGCCAUGGCACAGCAUAGGAACUCUGUCACCAUCCCAUUGAGGUUAAGCGACCACCCCGUUUUGCAGCGAUGCAACGAGGACAAAUCAUACAGAAUCAUGGUGUUUUGUGCCAGCGACGACAGCGGCGUACAAGACGUUGCGUUCCCACACCAGUCCGAGCUUCGGGUAAACGGCGACGAGAUCAAGGCUAACCUGCGAGGUCUCAAGAACAAGCCCGGCUCAACGAGGCCGGUCGACAUAACCAACGCUCUCCGGCUAAGGGGAAAUUACAUGAACAACAUUGAGUUUACAUAUGCGCUGACGAACAGGAAAUUCUACCUCAUCGUCAACCUUUGCAAGACCACUUCAGUUCCUGAAUUGGUGACGACAAUAUCCAAUCGUAGAAAGAUUUCUGAAGAAUCGGUGAUAUCUGAGCUGAAUAAAAUAGCACAAGAUCCAGAUGUGGUGGCGACGUCUCAGGUCUUAUCCCUGAAAUGCCCUCUAUCCUACAUGAGAUUAGAAGUGCCUUGCCGCAGCCUAAGCUGUACACAUUUGCAAUGCUUUGAUGCAACAUCUUACUUGCAGCUUCAGGAGCAAGGUCCCCAAUGGCUAUGUCCCAUCUGCAACAAAUCAGCGCCGUUUGACCAGCUAGCCGUUGAUGGCUACGUCAAGGUCAUUCUAGAAAAGACGUCAAAGAGCCUGGAAACCGUGACCAUUGAGCCAAACGGUCGAUGGUCUAGCAAGCCACCCAAGGAGGAAACAUCAUCCAGGCCAAAUGGCGCAGCACUCGAGGACGACGAUGACGAUGACGAUUUGGAGGUAUCCGAAAUCAGCAUUAGCGGUCGUCGAAUAGAAACGCCCAAGAAAAACAUGACCUCCUACACAGAGAUGAGCUCUGGUGGCAGAGACGGUCACUCGGCCCCGCGAACCGGCUCACACAGCGCCAAACGACCAGCGCCAGCAGUUAUCGACCUGACGCUGUCGUCCGACGACGAAGAGCCGAUCCAGCGGCCGCAUAAACGACAACACACGGGAGGAAGCAGCUAUCGCGGCUCGUCGAGUCUCCCGUUCCUGAGCGAAUCUCCCAGCAACUAUCCGUCGUAG